CAUCAUCGUCAUCGACCCUCCUCCACGAGAGGAGAGCUUAGCCGAAACCGCCAACGUGUAGUUUUUCCGCGAAUGCGCGCCACGGACGUCGCAUAAAGUUCUCAAAGUUAGGCGCCGAUUGCUUAAAAAACAAAAUAAGGAAAACAAAAGGAACAUGGCGGAUGUCGAGCUGAACAUCGACAACCUGAUACAGAGGCUGUUGGAAGCAUACCAGACCCAGAAAGAAAAUCAACAAGUUCAGGUUCAGACCCAGAAGAAAGCCAAGCUUAAAGAUAUUUUUUCUUCAGACUUUGUCGUAAGAGGAUGCCGACCUGGAAAAUCUGUAAUAAUGACAGAGGCUGAAGUUCGAGGUCUCUGUCUAAAGUCUCGUGAAAUUUUUCUGCAACAGCCUAUUCUUUUGGAGCUUGAAGCACCUCUAAAGAUAUGCGGAGAUAUACAUGGGCAAUACACCGACUUACUACGGCUGUUUGAGUAUGGAGGUUUCCCACCAGAAGCAAAUUAUUUAUUUUUAGGCGAUUACGUUGACAGAGGCAAGCAAUCAUUAGAGACAAUAUGUUUGUUACUUGCAUACAAGAUUAAAUAUCCAGAAAAUUUUUUUCUGCUAAGAGGAAAUCACGAGUGUGCAAGUAUAAACAGGAUAUACGGCUUUUAUGACGAGUGCAAACGCAGGUAUAAUAUCAAAUUAUGGAAGACCUUCACAGACUGUUUUAAUUGUUUACCAAUUGCUGCUAUCAUAGAUGAGAAAAUAUUUUGUUGUCACGGCGGACUCAGUCCUGAUCUCCAGGGGAUGGAACAGAUUAAACGAAUCAUGCGCCCAACAGAUGUACCUGAUACUGGUCUUCUCUGUGACUUAUUAUGGUCAGAUCCUGAUAAAGAAGUCCAGGGCUGGGGAGAGAACGACAGAGGAGUUUCCUUCACUUUCGGACCAGAUGUGGUAUCAAAGUUCCUUAAUCGUCACGAUAUGGACUUGAUUUGCCGGGCGCAUCAAGUCGUCGAAGACGGUUACGAGUUCUUCGCAAAACGGCAACUCGUCACACUUUUUUCUGCACCCAACUAUUGCGGUGAAUUUGACAAUGCUGGUGGAAUGAUGAGUGUCGAUGAAACUCUCAUGUGUAGUUUUCAGAUUCUGAAACCGUCUGAAAAGAAAGCUAAAUACCAAUAUGGUGGUAUGAACGCUGGACAGACAGGCAGUCGUCCAUCAACGCCACAAAGAAAUCCAGCAAAGAAAAAAUGACCACCCACGGCUGAACCUGCAUAGCCACAAACACUGGCGUUCUAAAACAGUUUCAGGACGUCACGCUACCAAAUUAAACACUGAUUCGUGAAGCUUGAAGUAUAAAAAAUCUAUCCCUUCCUUAAUUGCAUCUUAUUGAUUAAAACGAUGUUGUGGGCAAUCUGAUUUUCCUAAUUUAUAGGAAAGUAAUUACUUAGGUAUGACUGUGAAUCUACAAAAUUGUAACAUGAUUUGUCCAUAACAUAGAUUAUUCUUUGCAAAGUUAGUCUUUAAUGGCAUUUUUUAAAGAUUUUUUGUUCUAUUAUUUAUUGCAUAUUAUUAAAGUUAUUAUAAUUAGCAUUAGUAAUUAUCAGAUUGCAAGGAAAUCAGUUAUUAUUAAGUACUUGAAAGCCAUACAUGGAUACACACUUUAUACACACCAAUACACAAUACACAAACUUAUAUGAAUACAAACAUAUAAAUUUCGAGAUUUAUUA